UUGCUUGUGCCUGCAAUGUAUUUCUGGCAAAUGUCAUACGGCAGCCAUACAGCGGCUCUGAUUAAGCCCCCACCCCAUCCCCAGCAAGGAACAUGGAAGAAACGACGGAGAGUUUCGUCAAGCGGAGGAAUUAGGGUUGGAGAUGUAGAGCCACAGGACCGUUUCAUUAGCAGGGAGGAGAGAGAUUCCAAAAACCUGCCGGGACUGCACAAAAAGGGUUCAGCUAUUGCCAAGAUUGUGGGCAGUAAUGCAGCCAAACUGGAUAAGUUUGACACCACUGUGAACAUGUGGGUGUUUGAAGAGGUGGUGGCUGGCCAGAAGCUCACCGAGAUCAUCAAUACACAGCAUGAGAACUCCAAGUAUUUGCCCGGCCAUAAACUUCCGCCCAAUGUGGUGGCUGUGCCCGAUCUGUUAAAAGCUUCCGCUGAUGCAGACAUCCUCAUUUUUGUGGUGCCUCACCAAUUCAUUGGGAAACUCUGUGAGCAAAUGAAGGAACAUAUCAAGAAAGAAGCAAUAGGCAUCUCGCUCAUCAAGGGUGUGGACGAAGGCCCUGAUGGGCUGAAGCUCAUCUCAGACAUCAUCCGUGAGCAGCUAGGCAUUGAAAUGAGUGUGCUGAUGGGAGCCAACAUUGCCAAUGAGGUGGCAGAGGAGAAGUUCUGUGAGACCACCAUUGGCUGCAAGAACCUAGAGCAUGGACAGAUUCUGAAGGAACUGAUGCAGACACCCAACUUCCGAAUCACAGUGGUGCAGGAAGCAGACACAGUAGAGCUCUGUGGUGCCCUCAAGAACGUAGUGGCUGUUGGAGCUGGGUUCUGUGAUGGGUUGGGCUUUGGAGACAACACCAAGGCAGCUGUCAUCCGGCUGGGCCUGAUGGAGAUGAUUGCCUUUGCCAAACUCUUCUGCAAGGGCCCUGUCACUUCUUCCACCUUCCUAGAGAGCUGUGGGAUUGCUGAUCUGAUUACCACCUGCUAUGGAGGCCGUAACCGUAAAGUAGCUGAGGCUUUUGCCAAGACUGGCAAGUCUAUUGAGCAACUGGAGAAUGAGAUGCUGAAUGGACAGAAACUGCAGGGCCCUCAGACAUCAGCAGAGCUGCACCACAUUCUGAAGCACAGGAAUCUGACGGACAAAUUCCCACUCUUCACUGCUGUCUAUGAGAUCUGCUACAAAAACAAACCUGUUUCUGAGUUUAUUACAUGUCUUCAGGACCACCCUGAACACUUGUGACUGCCUUUAACUUCAAGAUCUCUCCCUGCCAGCUUCACUACUGCCACCCCAGCAAGGGAAAGGAACCAACGUAGACCAUGGCAGCCCAAAGCAAAGCGUGCUUGUGAGGCCCCCAGCGCUCACCAGCCAUAGAACUGUUGGAACAAAGGAGGAGAUUCCUGCCCUUUACCAGGCCUGCCUUUGGUAUCUGCUAAAUUGUCUAGGCUGACAAUCCUGCCCGUCCCAUUAGGUCUCCGUUCUUGUUAGAGUAGAACCCCUCCUUCUUCCUGUAAUAUCCACAGCAGCCAAAGCGUUGGCUUUCAUCUUCUCUCUUAAAGAGACAUUUCCUUGCCCUGCCUCAUCUCUGCUCCAUUUUACUGAUUUGAGUUUAACUUAUCUGGCUGAGGGUUCAAAUUAGAUUCUUGAUAGUUUUACUUGGCUAAAGAGCUUGUUAAAACCAUGGAGUAAAUUCUUAUCUUCCCUCUCAGAUCAGAAGUACCAGCCACAUUUGACACUAGAAGCUAAUUCCAGGGUAAGAGGCAAGAUCUCAGCGUUCUUGAUAUCUAUGGGUAUGGGAAUGCUAAUCAUGAAUGUGAAUAUUGUUAUUUUGAAGAAUAAAUCUUAAAAUGAGAAA